GAUGAUGGCAAUCCGAGUUCUUCUGGAUCACGACGUACAGGAGGAGAAGAUCUUCUUACUCUCACUGCUGAUGGCGGAGAUGGGAGUACACUCGGUGGCGUACGCCUUCCCGCGAGUGCGAAUCAUCACCACCGCUGUGGAUAAACGCGUCAACCAGGAAUUCCACAUCAUCCCGGGCAUCGGUAAUUUCGGGGACCGCUUCUUCGGCACAGACACUCCGUCUGAAUGGUGUGACAGUGAAGAGUGUGAAAUGGACUAUUGAGCGCAGAAGCAGGGCAGUCCGUACCCCCCGCCACCCUCCAGGCUCGCCCUGUGCUUCACCCUUAUUUAUUACUCUGCUUGACUUCUCCUGGAGAAUCUUGAAGCUGGAGCGGAGAGGACAGAAAUACCAGAACCGUCAUGCCGUGGGCCUUUUAUGUGGUCGGAACCUUCAUAACAUCGGCUUUAAAGAGAACCUGUCAAAUGAAUGCCUGUAAUAGCUGAGGCUGCCAUCCUGAAAGAGGUGCCCAUUGACUCCUGGAAGUGGUGUCAGGUUCAGGGCUAUAGAGUGAUGCUGUGCUAUGGG